AUGGGCGGCGGCACCCUCGGCGGCGGCGGCGGCAGCACCAUUGGGGGCGGCACCCUAGGCGGCGGCAGUGUGCUGGGUCACGGCACGGCGAUGAGCAGCAGCACGGUCGGCAUGGGCCCCUGCCCUCCCCCCGGCACCUUGAUGCACGGAGCCAACGGUGGCAACGGUGGCAAUCCGGGCAAUGUCUACGGCAACGGCAAUGGCGGCGUGGGCGGCCAAAACACAGCACCUGGGUCCGUGAUUGAUUCGCGGGCCGUCUCCGUGGUGGUGACGCUGCCGGGCGGCCCGGGUGCCCAGCAUCCGGGCCAGGCGCUCAGCGACUACGGUCCCAUAUAG